AUGAAGCACGAAGGAGGAGUCGAUUUUUCUGGCGGUUCAAGCCUCCAAUCGGGGUUGUGGGGGUUGAGAAGGGUAGCAACAGCCGGAGAGGGUGCUUAUGGUGGUAUUUCUAAGCGGAAGGAGGAAGGGAAGGGGAUAUGGAGGUGGCGGCAGUGGGGAACCAGGAAAACAUCACCGGUGAUUCUAGUUCUUCGACAGGGGAAGGAGACGAACGGGAUGACAGUCGUUGAGAGGGCUGUGAAGGGGUAUCGGGACAGUACAACAACAAUUUCGGGGGUGUUUGACAGUGGGUGCUCGGUGGAAAUAGGCGGAGAAGGUUGGGCCUGCUACUACCGGCGAAGAAUCACAGGUCCUUUCCUUCUUCUUCACUGGUUCUAG